AUGCUAACCAAUGUCUCAUUUCAUCAGGUCAACGUUCCCAAGACCCGCCGCACCUACUGCAAGGGCAAGACCUGCAAGAAGCACACCCAACACAAAGUUACACAGUACAAGGCUGGCAAAGCCUCGCUGUUCGCGCAAGGAAAACGUCGAUAUGACCGCAAGCAGUCCGGUUACGGUGGUCAAACGAAGCCCGUGUUCCACAAGAAGGCCAAGACAACCAAGAAGGUGGUGCUGAGAUUGGAGUGCACAGUAUGCAAGACCAAGGCACAAUUAUCGUUGAAGCGAUGCAAGCACUUUGAGUUGGGUGGUGACAAGAAGACGAAGGGUGCGGCUCUUGUGUUCUAA